AGUAAAAGUAAUCUUAUGAAUGUUGGUUAGGUCAGACAUCGUAUGCAUGAACCCAUUGAUAGAGAAGGUACUAGCAUUGGCCAUGAUGAAUAUACCGUGUCAUGGUGGUUAUUUGUCUUGAGCUCAUUGGAAUUCUAGAAAAAUUUCAAUGGAAGCUAGUAUUGAGAGGGGUUUAAUUCACUUCAUAGAUUUGAAAGCUAUUAAGGGGUUAAAAGCUGUUAGUCAGAUCUCUCUCUUUUCCUUUAUCCAGCUGAAAAAUAAAAUUUAAAGACCUGCCAAGUUUAUGGCUUUUUGGCCCUCAAAUGUUUGUUAGGAGAAACAAAAAAGUUUGAGAGUUUAAAAAGCUCUUCAUUCUUUGCCUCAAAGGUCUGACUAUAUAUGUGCAUAAAAACCUUUGAGGUUGCAAGCAUUGGCAUUUUCAAUGCUAUAUUUAUGUUUUUCUCCUUUAUUUUCAGGUUCAAUACUGGCAAUGAUCACAGCAGGUCUCAUUUUCUCUUCCUAUUUUUUCCUUCUCGCCCCACACCGAUGCGGAAAUCUUCUCAAGUUAGUCAUCUUUCGAAGGAGUAAAUCAAACAAUGCACAAAAUAUUGAAGAAUUUUUAGGAAAUUAUGGCUCCCUUGCCCCGAAAAGAUUCAAGUAUUCAGAUCUGAAGAAUAUAACGAACUCUUUCCAUGACAAAAUUGGCGAAGGAGGUUACGGCAUUGUGUACAAAGGUAUCCUACAAGAUGGCCAUUUGGUGGCUGUAAAGUUCUUAAGAAACUCCAGAGGCGAUGGAGAGGAAUUUGUGAAUGAAGUUGCCAGCAUUGGUAAGACCUCCCAUGUUAACAUUGUCAGUCUAAUUGGCUUUUGCUUAGAGGGGUCUAAAAGGGCACUCAUUUAUGACUAUAUGCCCAAUGGAUCAUUGGAGAAGUACAUUUAUUCAGAGAAACCAAAAACUACUCUUGGUUGGGAGAAGUUGUAUGAAAUAGCAAUUGGCAUUGCCCGAGGGCUAGAAUAUUUACAUCGCGGGUGCAACACACGCAUCGUACACUUUGACAUCAAACCCCACAAUAUCCUUCUAGAUCAAGAAUUUUAUCCUAAAAUUGCAGAUUUUGGGUUAGCUAAAUUAUGCCCUUCUAAGGAUAGUAUCCUUUCAAUGACAUGCGCUAGAGGAACCGUAGGUUUUAUUGCCCCCGAAGUCUUUUCUAGGAAUUUUGGUGUUGUUUCAACUAAAUCAGAUGUCUAUAGCUAUGGAAUGAUGGUAUUAGAAAUGGUUGGAGGAAGAAAGAAUGUAAAAGCAAGUGUAGAGAAUACUAGCGAAAUUUAUUUUCCACAUUGGAUUUAUGAUCAUUUGGAUCAAAUUGGAGAUUUACAGGCUUUUGAACUGACAACAGAAUCAGAAGAAGUUGCAAAAAAGAUGAUCUUGGUUGGUUUGUGGUGCACACAGAUGAUGCCAAGGAAUCGACCUUCAAUGAGCAGAGUAGUGGAUAUGUUGGAAGGGAGCAUCAAUGACCUGCAAAUGCCUCCAAAGCCGUACAUAUGUUCUCCUUCUCAUUCAUUCAGAACUGCAUCUAAUCCUACUAGUUAAGAUGAUUUGACAAAUGCUUUUAUCUGCUUGUGCAAUGCUAGGGACAAUAUAUUAUUAGAUUUGGUGCUGUAUAUAAGACAAAGUCAAAGAAGUAUUGAGUCAUCUGGUGAUUAUGUUCAAAGCUCUGGAUUGGAGAAUGUCCAGCUUAGUUCGCAGUGGCCAGCAUGACUGAAGAAGAAUUAAAAAAGAAAAGAAGAAGGAAAGAAAAAAGUGUGUCCUUCAUUCAAGUAUAUGUGCAACCCUUGAUAGGAACAGCAUUUGCAAAGGUGAAGCUAAACCUCUAUGGAAUCCAUAUGCAGGUAGUCUUCCAGUUUUUUGAAAAAUCUGAUGAGGCUGAAAGAAGCGGACAUGGAAGAUACUGCACAGAGCCACUAUGAAAAAAUGUAGGUCAGCUCGCUGGUUAACUGAAGACAAUUAUUAGAGCAAUAGCUAAAAGCUUAUUUUCUAAAUUCACUUUAUGUUUGCUUCUGAUGGUUCUUCAUAUGUACCUUUAGACUCUUGAUAUUGAAUGUUUGGAUCUGCAUCCUUUCUGUUUUUGAUGGUGCAUUUGGAUGUACUACGAAAUCAUCAUAUUUUAUAAAUUUGAAGCUAUUAAUCAUGAUUUUGUCA